AUGAGUGAUGCUGGCGGGGGGCGGAGGAGGAGAAGCAGAAAUCCACUGCAAUUCCUCCUCCGGCGGCAGCGGGGAAAGCGGCUUUUCCUUCGCCGGAUCACAUCGCCAGCCCCGCUCCGGCUCCGGCUCCGGGGCCCCAAAGGCGCCCUCUCCUGCCCCCACCGCCACCCCCGCAGAGGAGCAGCGCCGCGGCGGGCCGAGGGGGCUGGGGAGGGGGGCAGCAUGCCUGGAGGCCGGGCAGCAAAGGACCAGGCGCCUCCCCCUCCUCCCUCUGCCCCCCUGCUGCGCUGGGACGAGGUGCCCGAUGACUUCGUGGAGUGCUUCAUCCUGUCGGGCUACCGGCGGCUGCACUGCAGCGCCCAGGAGUGCCUGGCCUCGGUGCUGCAGCCCACCAACGAGACGCUCAACUUCUGGACCCACUUCAUCCCCCUGCUGCUCUUCCUGAGCAAGUUCUGCCGGCUCUUCUUCCUGAGCGGGGCCGGCGAGCUGCCCUUCCACCACCCGCUCCUGCUGCCCCUCUGGUGCUACGCCUCGGGCGUCCUGCUCACGUUUGCCAUGAGCUGCACGGCCCAUGUGUUCAGCUGCCUCUCGCUGCGCCUGCGCGCCGCCUUCUUCUACCUGGACUACGCCUCCAUCAGCUACUACGGCUUCGCCAGCACCGUGGCUUAUUCCUACUACCUGCUGCCCGGCCUGCGCCUGCUGGACGCGCGGGCCAUGAGCCGCUACCUGCAGCAGCGCCUGGGCUGGCAGCUGGACUGCAGCCUCCCCAUCGCCCUCUACAGCGCCCUGGUGCUGCCGGUGGCCUUCGUGCUGGCCGUCACCUGCACCGUGGCGUGCUGCAAGAGCCGCUCCGAGUGGUGCGCCUACCCCUUCGCCAUCCGGACCUUCGUCUUCGCCAUGCCCCUCAGCAUGGCCUGCCCCAUCAUGCUGGAGAGCUUCCUCUUCGACCUGCGCGGGCAGAACCCCACCCUCUUCAUCUACUUCUACAGGCGCUACUUCUGGCUCCUGGUGGCCGCCUUCUUCAACAUCAGCAAGAUCCCCGAGAGGAUCCAGCCGGGGUUGUUUGACAUCAUCGGGCAUAGCCACCAACUCUUCCACAUCUUCACCUUCCUCAGCAUCUAUGACCAGAUGUACUAUCUAGAAGAAGGGCUGCUGCAGUUCCUCAAAUCCCCACCUGCCUCCCCUACCUUCCUAGGCACCAUCGGAUAUAUGCUGCUCUUAAUGCUUUGCCUGGGAAUGGUCAUAAGGAAAUUUUUGAACGUUGCAGAUCUCUGCAAACAGGACUAGGCGGCCAGGUAUAUUUAUUCCUAUUUUGAUUCCUGUUCCUAUUCUUUUUAGAAGAUGCUGCAAAAUUUAAGUUAAAGGUACAAAGGAACCUGGUACCUUUCUAUUGAAAGUGGUUGUUUCCUCUUGUCAAUCACUGAACUGCUAGAAUACUACUAUUACUUUUAAAACUACUAGGUUCCCAAGGGAAGAAAUCAAGCACUAUUGUUUAUAACUAUUCCUACAUUGUUGUUUAGGACACAAGGUGAAACCACUUAGUAUUACUGUUAAAUCUGCUAGAAAAAAAUGCAUGAACUGUGAAAGCCCCUUUACUAACUCCAGACUGUUGAGGAGGUUGUUUAGGACAAGGUGAAACCAUUUAGCACUACUGUUAAAUCUGCUAGAAAAAAGAAUGCAUGAACUGUGAAGGCCCCUUUACUAACUCUAGACCAUUUAGGAGAUUAUUUAAAUCAGCAAUAUAUGCACCUGCACCAGGAUUAUACACACAGAUUUUUAAUCAAGUCCAGUGUGGAAUUCCCUAGCAGAUUAUGCACUGAAGUUGUUCUUCUGUGCUACUGUAAUAGCCCUUUGAGGUCACAGGCAGUGGAACUGGAUUUUAAAUGCAAACAAGCUGACUGCUGUCCAUAGUCCCUCGCCCUCCCCAGUGUUGUGUUAUAGCCAUUGUGGCAACUAAGCUACAGUUAAGAUUUUAGAGAGAAAGAUAAAAAACAACUGCAAACUAUUAGGGAGCUAUAAUUUGAUCAAGGAAUUUUGUUCAUAUUCUGCGACUGAAGCUUGAAUGGUUGGUAUUGUCAUUCCAAGGCAAAACAGAAAUACAGAGCCAGAUUCUUCACCGGUGUAAAUUGUCACAAUUCCACUGAAGCCAUUGUACCAGCAGAGGAUCAAGCCCAGAGAACCAAAACCUAAUUCCCUACUCACACAAAGCUCCCAUUGACAUCAAUAGGAGGUUUGUGGAGCGGAGAACAUGAUUUCACCCAAAGGCCCUAAUCCAACAUCUGAUUUAUUUUUUAAAGUUAUGAAGUAUAUUGACCUGAUUUCUGCUUCUCCUCUUCUUCUGCUCUUUAGUUACUUGGGGCCAGAUUCUGUCACCUUUAGAUUACUGUAGAAUAAGAUACUACUGAAUGUGCAUAGGAACUACUGAACGACUUAUAGGAGGCAGAAUCGGGCUCUAGAUAAGUACUCAGUUUUAUAUUUUGACAUCCUUCCCCUGCUGCUUCAUAAUUCCAUUUACCUCUGUGACAGAUGGACAUUUUAAAGCCCUACCUAAGUGGCUGUGCUGUGGAUGUUUCAUAGGACAGAAGUUUUAGUUGGGUGACUCUUCCAGUUUAUAGGUUAACAACACCAUACCCAUGAACAGAUUUUUUAAAAAAUACAAAUGUGCAGUGUCUUUGCACAGUAACCUAGGUAUUAUCAGCAAAGAGAUGACUUAAUUAUUAACAACAUACUACUGAUACGAAUAAAGGUUUUGUAGAUUAUAAAUGGACUGGGUUUUUAACAGAAAUAUUUUAAAGUUAUAUGACUGGACAAACAACAAGCAUGCAAUAAUAUAAUACAAGGAAAUUACGGUCAAAGUUCAGGUGGCAAACUACUUGUUAUGCUCCAUUUUUAAAAUGUAUGAUGUUGCUCCUUACUGGAACUCUAGUCUUAUAUUGCACAAUAACUUAAUUAUUUUUUAUACAGGGCAGAUUCAUCUCUACCUGUGGAAAUACGUUUCUGCCUAUAAAUUUGUUUUCAGAUAUGAUGCAUCAAGCCUCAAUUAAGUAUUUGGGGCCCAAUCUUGUAGUCCUGAUUUAGGAAAAAACUCCCAUUGUCAUCAAUGGGUGUUGUGGUUGAGUUGGGAUUGCAGGAUCAGGCCCUUAAUUUGAGGUUGGAGUCUUCACACAAACAUGAUUUUGAAGGCUGAAUGCAUCAGUGACUGUCAUAUAUAGAGGAAGCUCCUGUGAUGGUUCUCAAGGUAUCCAGAACAGAGUCACCUUGUUAUCCUCCUGCCUCCAGAGAGAGGGAAACUUGCUUGUGCUUAACUGGGUGUCAGUUCCUUGACACUACCAGCCUGUUAGCCACACAAGCACUUUCUUCUGGGCAAUCCCAGUCCUUACUUUAACUUGCAGGUUAACAAUAGGUGCAGCCCAGUCCCCAGACCCUUUGAAGUGUUCUCUUGUAAUGUCCAACCACUUAUCCACUAAACUCUCACAGAAAUACCAGGUCUUCUGUCCCAAAGAGAACAGUGUACACACCAGUUUAUAUGAUUCAACACAGGAUCAACACCUUGCUUAAUACCACAGCACUGAGAUAUAUUUAUAGUGAAAAACAACUAUAAGUUUAUUAUCAAAGAUUCAAGAGAUAGUGAGUAAGGGUAAUGGAAACACAAAGGUUACAUAUAAAACAAAAUCGUAACACUUUCUAGAAACUAAACUCAACUACUGUGUUAGCCUCCUUGUCAAAUGAAGUUUCUGACCCAAAGCCUUUUUCAACAUCUUCAAUGAAGGCUGGUUGUGAUCCCAUUUUCAUUAAUGUAAACACACUGCCCAUUUACUGCCUAAAUGCAGGAUGGUGGGGUACGUACACUGUUCCCCAAAUACGGUCCAUCAAACCUUUGAAGUAUAUCUGAAGAUUAGUUUCUCUUCCCCCUGCUGUGUUUCUGUUAGUUUCUUCCUGAAAUCCUUAUAGUCCUUCAUCUACAUUCAUCUUAGAUAGGUGAUGGAAGACCCACUGUGAAUGAGACCAUACUUAAUUUACAUUUCAACAGAGAAUACGUAAAUAAAUAUCCCUUGUCUUACAGGAAACCUGUAUCCACCCUUGCUGUGAUACAGACUCUAAGAACAUAUUUUCAGUAUACAUGCAGAACUGCUUACAUAUUAUUUGUACAUACAUUUCACAACAAUGACAAUGAGUAGUGUGACCUAGCUUUUCGUUUAAGACCUCACGUAACAUUCUUUGGUGAACCAGAAUGUACAUACCAGAAUCAGGAUAAUAUUGUAAACCCCACCCCCGCCUUGCCAGUUGGCAUUGAGGAGGUCUUGGGUCACUCCGAACACCACCACUCUCAUAACACAGAGAAAUUUUCAAAGACACAAAAAGCCUUUAGAUGCUCCACUUCCACUGAAAGUCAAUGGAAGUGGAGCAUUUAAUCUCCCAUUUAUGCCUUUGCACAUAUUCCCCAGAAAGCUUAUCACUAGAGUCCUUUAUGCCUGAGCAGAAGUAGGUGUUUCCAGCGUGACUAUCAUUAAGAAGCCUUGGUCCAAUGACUUCUCCCACUCUUUUCAGAUAGGACUCAGUUGGCAGUCUUUGUGCACCCAAAAUUUUCAUUGAGUUCAGAGAGAGUUUCAGUCUGGCAAGGAAGAUUACGCCUCUCUUGAGUUAGGGCUGCUUGAAUCCGUAGAUAAAUUCUCCUCUUCACUGUCUACUUCUGGGGUUGUUUAAGGCAGAGAAUGCAUCCUUCCCUAUUCCAUAACAUUAAUCUGGUGAUUAUUGAGGCAUGUUGGAGCCCAAUGAGAUGGAUGACCCAAGAGGUGGAUAAUAGAAGGAAAAGGUGGCCCACUUCACCUUCUUUCCCUACAUAUUUUUUACAGUUUUGUAAUUUUGGUUUUAUCAAGCUACAGUAUUUAAUAGGAUAUGGCCCAACACAAAUAUAUCGCAUUCAUUCUUUUUCAGCGAUGGGGCUGCUAACACAUGACUUGUGGAAGAGCCACUUGUGGAGUCAUGAAGCAUGUGACUAAACUGUGUAAAUCCGUGGCUCCCAAAUGUGAUCCAUGAGUAUUUAUUGAUGGUUUGUAGCGAGCAGGCUGGUCCCAUGUGCCUGUCUCCUCGUUUCCAGCUGCUAAACUGAAGUAAAAGAUGCUAAAACGACAUUAAACACUUUCCUGAUAUUACUUAUCCAUGUAAAUGAUUAUAUUUGCCGCAGUGGUGUUACUCAAUUGCCAGUAAUAUAGGAGGUGGUCUGCACAGUAGUCAGUAGGAGGGGAGAUUGUCUCAAGGACCAAUCUCUCCAUUAAGAUGUGGUUCACACUAAAAAGUUUUGAAAAUCCUUUAGAUAAACAUAGGGGCGGCUCUAUAUAUUUUGCUGCCCCAAGCAUGGCAGUCAGGCAGCUUUCGGUGGCAUGCCUGUGAGAGGUCCGCUGGUAAUGCGGAUUGGGCAGCAUGCCUGCGGGAGGUCUGCCGGUCCUGCGCCUUUGGCGUACCCUCCGCCGAAUUGCUGCCGAAACUGCAGGACUGGUGGACCUCCCACAGACAUGCUGCCGAAGACAGCCUGACGGCCAUCCUCACAGCAACCUGCAGGCUGUCCCGCGCGGUUUGCCACCCCAGGUACUGAUUGGUGCCUGGAGCCAUCCCUGGAUAAACAAAUACAGAGUCAGCUCCUGCAGCUGCACCAUGUUCCAAACUCCCUGACUUCCAAGGGAGUUCUGAGUGUGGAGCCACUGCAGGAUCUGACCCAUGACACUGUUCGAACAUCUACAUAUAUUAUGCCCAUAUACAUUGAGUUUGAAACUAAUGUGUUAAGAAUAAAGUUGGUGUUUCAGGUGGGAUGCACCCACGUUAAAAGAAGGCAUUUUUAGUGGUUUAGAUGGCUCAUCCAAGCUUCAAAAUAAAUUAUUUCUUUUAAAGAUUUUUUAAAGAGAUGACAUUAGAGCAUCCAACCAGCAAUUAAGAAAUGUAGGAGAAAUCAGAAAGGCCAGGAAGAACAGCUCUCAGUGCUAAGAGACAGCUCAGAAACAGCUGAGAGUAGAAGCCAAAUGUAGAGAACUUCUUUAAACCGUAUUACAUAAUGAGUUUUAUUUGUGCUUGUCAGUAACAAUGUAGAGGGCAUCUUGAGAAGCAAUGUCAGAAAGGCCAUGGCUAACUUGUAAAAAUACAUUUGAUAUUUGCAGUUAGGCCACAUGAGACCAUCUAUAUAUAUCCCAAUUACAGACAACAGUAUAUGGGGUUGGAUUAUCUAUAGUUGCAAGUAUAACUGGAAUCUUAUUUCCAUUCAUAAAUAGUGGCUGUAAAACCGCCCUGAUAUACAGAUUAGUGCUCAAUAAGGUACCACUAGGUAAUAUUCAGGACAUUGCUUCAUUCUGAACAUUUGUAUUUUAGCAAAGUUUUGAGGUGUAUUUAACAUUGAAGCCCAUCUGUAGAAUGAUUUAUGAAUGCUGAUUGCAAGUGCAACUUUCUGAAUUACUGUAUUGUCAAUGCACUGGAUGUAUGAAAGGGUGAAUGAGUACAGCUAGGUCUGCCUAGGUUUCCAGAAUUGUAAUUAAUAUUUUUUGUUUUAAAUGCAGAUUAAUAUUAAAUGCUUACAAUGAUAAUUGCCACAUUUCUCUGCAGAGUUUCUAGGGAGCUGGUACUUGAAUGUCUAUAUUUAUUUGUUGAAGGGAACAUAUGUGAAUAACACAAUCUGAUAUAUUUGAUGGCCAGUUUUUAAUGAAUAUGAGUUAGGGAAGCCAGAAAUGGGACAAGCCACCCUCAGUUAUGGGACCCAUUUCUGCUCUCAUUGAAGUGAAUGGCAAAACUCCUGUUGGCUUAAGUGGGGUUUGGAACCAUUCCUUGGCUUGCAAGCAUACUGAAGAGAAUUCAGUUCAUCCACAAUCAUGUCCAGAGCUUAGACAGCAGGUCUGCUCUCUAAUAGCUAUGAGCUUGAAGGGUAUUUAAGGGGACAGAUCUUGCAGGGCAUUUUAUAGGCACCUGCCAGAAAACACACACCUAGCAUAGAGAGCGGAGAGUAAAAUAUUUCUGCUCCAAUCCUGAAAAGCGGGUACUUCUCAGACCUUCUGUGAAAGGAGUCAUGGAGGGAUGGGGUCUAGGGUUCAGAAGCGUGACCUGUGCUUUCUAUUUACUUUUCCUUUCUUGGCCCAGCAAUGGUCUUCAUCCUUACACACUUGUGCAGGUGUGCACAGACCACGUGUGGGGCUGCUGCUACACAGAAUGUUGGUGCAUGACAUUAUUUUGUAAUGAAUGUAUGCCCAGAACUGUAGCCUAUAUAUUGACAUGCCCUUGAGGAAUGACAAGCUUCUCAGCUACAUGUAGCAUGUGAACUAGAGUAGAAAUUACUCCUGUGAGUUACACAGCUGGCCUGUAGAAACUGUCCUAUAGUGCUAUGGCAAUACUGGAAUUCUUCACGUGGGAAGCUUGGUGUAUCCAUUUGAAUGUUAGAAUCUAGAAUGUCAAGCCAGCUCACAGCUGUUUCACAGCAAGGCUAGCAUCUGAGCUCUGGAAACAAGGUGAAAGGUUAUGGAUGCACACAGUUCUAAUCUGCAUGCCAGGGGAGAGAUUUGGCAGUUAGAACUAGAAUCAUUAUUAUGUUUUCUCAUGUGAGAGUUGAUUAUUUGUUUAAAGUUUCCUGCUCAUUGUGUCUGUGCUGAAUUCAGCCUCAUUUAUCAUGUUUAUGUCAACAGUACCCAAUGAAAGUGUGAGUCUGACAGUUUGCUUCCAUUGCAGUACAAUAUUCCAGGCAGUGCAAUUGUAAGGAAUUACUGCACUUCAUGACUGGUUAAAGUCAUUGGGUUGACAUCCACAUGCCUUAUAGCACCAUAUAAUGCAUAGAGUAAGAACCCAGAUAUCCACAGCAUAUCUUAUUGCCCAUAACAGUCAACAUGAUCAAGUGGUCUGAACAGAGGCCUGAGAACCAGGAGCUCCUGCCUUCUGACCCUAUCUCUGCUACUACAUGGUCUGUGACCUUGGGCAAGUUAUUUAAACUUUCUGGGGCAAAUUCCUGUAAGUCAGUGGAAACACACCAGGGAUGAAUUUGGCCCUCUCUCUCAGUUUCCCCAUCUGUAAAAUGGGAAUAAUAAACCUUACCUACCUCACAGGAGUGUUCUGAGGAUUAGCUAAUGUUUGUAAAAUGCUUAUAAAAUGCAAAGAACUUUGUAGGUGCUAAGUAAUAUUCAUUGACCUUCGGCACAAGAAAUGUCAUAUUCGAACGGGCUUGUAAUCGCCCUGAGAAAGGACAAUGGCUCUUUCUAAAAUCAGAAACUCCUGGACAAACAAGUGGACAGUGUACCCUGUCUAUACUCCUCAUAGUCCUACCUCCAGAAGAGUUUGAUUCUGCUCUCUUUGAGAUCAAUGGCAAAACUCCCACUGACUUCAGUGGGGGUCUCAGAAGGCCUCAAAUGAACAGUACACCUUUUUACAACCCAACUACAUGCAAAGGAGUCAGUGGAGAAGCAGGGAGGAAAGCAAAAGAGGUUUGCCUUUCUUUCAUAAAUGCUGCCUAGUGAUUCAUUUGUACAGAGCAGCCAUUUAACACUCAUGAGUCCUGGUUGUUCAUUUGGGGCUUGAUCCUUUUCCCAAUUAUUGUGAUGACAAUGGUAAAAGAUUUCCAUUGGUGUAAAUGGGAGUAGGAUCUGGCCUCAAAUGCCCUCAUGGCCUUUGUGCUCCGCUAACUCUUAUCUCAGUGAUAAAGACCUGCUGCACCAGUCCUCAUUAAAUAAGUAAUAUUUAGGGAAGAGUAAACUUUGUUUAUUUUUUGCUUCUGUCUAACAUACAUGCACCCCAGUGACUUCAGCCAACUCAGGCCUUGCCCUGUACAUGCAUCAAAACUGAACGUAACGCAUCUGAUCCUUCUCUUCAUCCAUUUUGCCCUUCUUUCUAGAAAUCCUCUAUGAAUCAUAGCUACAAGGAGCACAGCUGCAUAACUUUUAAGGCACAAUUUAAAGCUAAGGGUAUGAAAUAUGGGGCACCAUCCUUUAUAUACUCAGGUGAGAUGUAAGAAAAUAAGAAGGUUUUACAUGGAUCAAAAAAUACAGGCCUCCUUUCAAUAUAUUUAUUUCUGUUGGAGCAGAAAAGCAACAUUAUUUCUUCCCUUCACAGUUUGCUAAAGUAGGGCCUACUCUGCUCCACUGAAAUCAAUGGCAAUUUAGCAAUUGACUCAAAUGAGAGCAAGUUUAUGCCCAUAAUUAUUUAAGAGGAAAGACCACCAGUAGACUUCCAGUUCCCUGGGAGCUUCUUCAUGGCUGGCUAUAUUCAAAUCUUAAGGAGCCUCCUAUUGAGCAUUCCUGCUGCAGGUGAAUGCCUUAAGGCUUGCAGUUGCAAAUGGGAGUCAAUACUAUGGAGAGGCAUAAAGAAAAUACAGCAACAGUUGCAUCUUUUUAUCAGCUAUUGAUUCAAGCACAUUUCAGUAUAUCUUGUUUAAGGGUCUCUGCAUGCAACUGAAUAAAACAGUAUGAAUCUUCGUUUCAAUUUGAUUGUGUUUGUUUUUUGAGGAAUUUGCUCUCUGUAAAGUCUUGGAUGCUGACUACUGUAUACAUAAUUACUAUGCACUUUUAGCAAAAAAAGUGUAAGCUAUAAAUAAAGUUGUUUCUGAACUCCUUGUAGAAAGGCA